GGUGUUGUGACGCCUGGGAAUCGAAAGUGCUGCGCGGUGGUAUGGGUGGUCACUUUCGCGUGCCAAUUUAUGACGACAUUCUAUGGGAUGACAUGGAGCAGCAUUUGCCAAACGAAUUCACGUACCACGAGGAGCAGUUUUUCCCUCGACCUACGACCGUUCUUGUCGUCGGAAACGAAAGCGUUGGUUUGAGCAAGGCGUCUUAUGGCUUUGCUCACAAGCAUGGCGGAAAGCGCGUCCACAUACCUUUGAUGAAUGGCGUGAACAGCCUCAAUUCGGUUACUGCGAUCUCGAUCAUCGCCUAUGAAUUUAGGCGUCAGAUGUAUGCCUUUGAAGACGGGUUACAAGCGUUGGAGAGUAGUAGUUCAGAGUUGGGCUAGAU